CCCAUAAGUUUACUUUGCCCUUUGCGGGAGAUGGGAUUCAGCCUCUGCAAACCCACUGAGACGCGACCCAGGACGGGGGAGGAAACUCUGUGAGCGCCGAAAUCUUGCUGGAUUUGGGAUUAUCUGCGGGACAUGGACGAGCUGCUGUAGCGCAGUUUUGGAGGAUUCCCCGGUUUGUGCGCCUUGCAGCGGAGCGGACCUUUCACUGCGACUCCCGGCGGCUCCGAGAGGAAACCAUAUCUGGUCAAAGUAUUCGUUGCUGUCACCCAGCGGGACCGGCCGGCUAUAAAUAGCGCUGGAGGAGCUCCUGUUUUCCUUCAUCUGGAGAAAACUUUAUUGACUGUUUCAAGGUCCUUUGCAAGUCCUCACACAGAAGUCCUGCAGAGAGAGCGAGGUAUUUCGCUUUGCCAGCAGCGCUGAGGGCACUUGGCUGCCUUUGCUGUGAUUUUACCCCUAAGCUGGGGGUCACUGAGAUUGAAUUUUCUUCUUAGAAGGCUCUCGAGACUCCUGAUCACCUGCAUUUUGUUCCUCAUCUGGAGGGGCUAUUGAGGCAUUCUGUCCACAAUGUCGGUGAUGAGGAAGGAGAUGGAGAAGUACAGGGACAUAGAUGAGGACGAGCUGCUGAAGAAACUCUCAGAAGAAGAGCUGCAGCGGUUAGAGGAUGAAUUAGAGGAGCUGGACCCUGAUAAUGCACUGUUGCCUGCUGGGAUGCGGCAGAAGGACCAGACCAAGAAAGCACCAACAGGAACGUUUCAGAGAGACAACCUCCUGGCACAUUUGGAGAAACAGGCCAAAGAGCAUCCCGACAGAGAAGACCUGGUGCCCUUCACUGGGGAAAAGAGAGGAAAAGCCUUUGUUCCUAAAAAGAUGGUGGACCCCAUCAUAGAGAAUGUGACUCUCGAGCCGGAGCUUGAAGAAGCCCUGGCUAGUGCUACUGAUGCUGAGCUCUGUGAUAUUGCUGCCAUCCUGGGCAUGCACACCCUGAUGAGUAACCAGCAGUACUACGAAGCCCUCGCCAGCAGCACUAUAGUCAACAAGCAAGGCCUCAACAGUGUGAUCCAGUGCACCCAGUAUAAACCAGUCCCCGACGAGGAACCCAACUCCACUGAUGUAGAGGAAACUCUGAGGAGAAUGCAGAGGAAUGAUCCCGACCUGGUGGAGGUCAACCUUAAUAACAUCAGGAACAUCCCCAUCCCGACUCUGAAAGCGUACGCUGAGGCUCUGGUGAAGAACACUGUGGUGGAGAGGUUCAGUAUCGUAGGAACCAGAAGCAACGACCCUGUAGCAUUUGCUCUGGCAGAGAUGUUGAAGGUGAACACGACGCUGAAGAGUCUGAACAUUGAGUCCAACUUCGUAACGGGGACUGGAAUCCUUUCCGUCCUGGAGUCGCUGCAGAAAAACACCACACUGCUGGAGCUCAAGAUAGACAAUCAGAGCCAACCAUUAGGCAACAAAGUGGAGAUGGAGAUCGCCAGCAUGCUGGAGAAAAACACCACAUUAUUGAAGUUUGGAUAUCAUUUCACCCAGCAGGGCCCACGUCUCCGAGGCUCCAACGCCAUGAUGAACAACAACGACCUGGCCCGAGUGGUCAGGUCAGAGUCGGACGGCUCUUUCACCCUCACUCUAUCUGUCCCUGAGCUGGAGAGGGCCUUCGGGAAAAAGUUCAAGUCCAAGACUAAUAAGAAAGAGAAGGCUUGAGGGAGGACCCAUCUUCCCCAAGUGUCGGACGAAUGUGUAGAAACCAGGGCUACCUUCAACUCCCUGUUCACCUUCAACUCCUACCAUCCAUCACUCCCUUCAGCCCAGAUCACUGUCCUCCACAUCAGGUUUCAUUGUUUCCGUUAAAGAGACAUUUUCUGAACUGUGUUUUUUUUAUUACAGACUUUUGUUCCGUAGAUAUUAAAGGAUCCCAUUGGAUUACUCGGCAGCAUCUUCCUGAGCUCUGUGAGUGACAAUAGCACUAGUACUCUGCAUCUUCACAAUAACUGUACCUCUCUGUACAAACUAAACAGGCAAUGCCUUCUUAGCCAUAUUGAAUCCUUUAAUAUCUUAUCAAUCUAGAAUCCCCAAUAAAGGGGCUGAAGGUCUGGUUUUGAAUGUGGGCCCAUUUGAAAGGUGAUGGGUAACUUUUAGCAACCCCUGAUUCUGCUGAGUUGAAUUGAUUCUAAUUAUUAUUAUUAUUAUUACUGUGCUGUAAAUGAGUUGUGCUGUCAUUACUGCUGAUCCCAGCAGCUCUGUUGUUGCUCCAACGUCUGCAUACAAGGUGUUUUCUACCAAGCUAAAGUCCCUUUUGAACUUUAAACCUAUAAGAAAAAAUACUAUAAUAUCAGAUUUCAACAAAGUCAUAGAAAACUGAUGUUAUAGUCUUUUCCUUAUCAGUCUAGAAAGAGUCAUUUCGUGGCUCAAUCAGAUACUAAGCUACACAGAUUCUUCCAUAAUUGACAGAUAGGAUAUAUAGCAGACUGCUGUGAGAUUUGUCAUCAUAUACAGAAUAUAUUUAUUUGAGACAGACCUGGAAAAGAGUCUGAAUCCAUUCAAAUAACUACUGUGCUGGACUGUGUAACAACCAGUGUAAACAUGUAAAAUAAAAUUGCACUGCCACAUUAUCCAGCAAUUACCAAUUAUUAGCAACCUUUACGUCCCAGCCAGGAAGGCACCUGUCAUUUUUUUUCUCCUAAACUGAACAUAAAUAUUCAAUGAAUCCACUGAAAAUAUUGUCAGAACACUGCACUGUUAUAUAGAAGUAAUCGCCUACAGUCAGACUGCAGUAAUUCCCCAAACAACCUGCAAGCAUUUUAAGAGGUUUGUUGAAUCUUUGUGGUUUUUUUUAUUAUUAUUUGUUUUUACUGGAGCUAAAAUGUGUGUUUUUAUUAUCAAGUGGUUGCUACUGUUGACUUAUUGUUUAAUACAUUAACACCUCAAUCCAGGUUUGGAGUGGAUUUAAGAACAGAAAACUUCUAAGGUCUUUACAUUCAGCAGAUGAAAUAGAACCUCUUUAUUUACAUGAAGAAAUUUUAAGGGAGUAUUUACACAUUGAAAUGUUUCUUAAGUGUGUUUAACUGCAAUGAGAAUUAACACAAAACCUCAACAUCUGAAAUAAUCCUGUAGGAGUUUACAAUGUAAAUGUUCUUCGCAUUAGGCAAAACUCCAAACUCUGCUAAUUAACAACACAAUGAAGGCUAAGAAGUGUUAGUGGUUAUCUAUCCAAGUGCUAGAACAGGUAAAGCUCCAGUAAAAAUCACAGGAAAUGGCGUGUUAGUGUUUAUUAGCUCAAUAUAAAAUGACCUGCUUCAAGAAACGUCCAUGUUUCCUUGAAUAACUGUGCCUGAUAUUGGCACUCAGAGAGGCAAAAAAGGGGAGUCUGACAGCAUGUUUAAGGGUUAUUUAACCCAUUUAAUGUUCAUAUCACUGGUUUGUUACAGUGUCGUCUGUGCUGUGGCCGGUGUUCUACAGAUGGUAGUUGUUGAAUAUUUGUAACUGAAAGCUAAAGGUGAAAGGUGCCACUCACAGUCUGUGUGUGUCCUGUUCUUUUCUUCAGUCUGGUGUUCUCUGAUACUGUAGUGCUUGACUCUGUGUUUUGUUAGAUAGCUCACCUGUUUUGGUUGAUUUUUUUGUUGUUGUUUAUGAAUUAAAUAAAGCUUGAAGAUAUUAUUUUCAAAUUUGA